UUAGUCUUCUCUGCCGUGCCUUGGUCAUCAUUUCGAUCCAGCCCUGUCUUCAAGUGGAAGGAUAAGCACCAGCAAUUAAUUGGUGCAGCAGACCUCAGCUUGAUCAUCCUAUGCUGUUUAUGGCUUCCAAUGGCACAAUAUUCUGUACAAGGAGUGAUGGUGCGACAAGACGAUCCCAAGAUGGGUCUGGGUGGGAUGUGCGGGGUGACUGCACCCGGCACAGAGUCCCUCCCACACAUGCUGCAGCCACCUGUGGGUGGUUCAGCCAAUGGGGUUGCAGUGGAGAUGCAGGAGUCCCUGUCCUCCCUGAUGGCUGGUGAAGAGUCUGUCAACCAAGAGGAGCUUCUUUCCAGGUUCCGUACCAUCAUCAAUGAAAACUUGCUAUUAAAAGAAACCAUUGCACAAAAUAAUCUGGCAAUGAGACAACAGCUUGGGUUGUUUGUGAAAUGGAGGCAUCAGAAUGAACAGCAGCACCAGGAACAGCGUCACCAUGUUACUGAGCUAUCACAGCAAGUUGCCUCUGUGCAGCAGGAGAAUGCCACACUAAGAGCUCAACUUGCAUGCACACAGUUACCAGAGGAAGCACAACCACGUUUCAAGGAGUUGGACAACACAAUAAUUUUGCUAAACAGACGACUAGAAGUGGCUGAAAGAAACCUGCGGCAAGCACAGGAAGACAAGGAGAAGCUGAUGGCUCAGCGCUCACGACUGGAGGGAGACAUUACCCUUCUGAAAUGUGAUAUAACCACAUCCCGAAGUGAACAGGAACGCUUACAGUUAGAAAGGUUUGAGUUGCUAAGCACAGCAAAUGAAUUGAGACAGCAGCUUCGUCAGAGCAGGGAGGGAGCAUCUGCCAUAGCCAGAGUUGCAGAGUCCAGUCCCAUUAUCGCAGAAAAUGCAGGUCUCCUCAGUGCAGCAGAUAUUCAAAAGUUGCGAGAUCAGCUACGUAAGGAACAGGACAUUUCAGCAACUCUGCUUCAGGAGGUGCAUGAUACACGUAAUCAGGUAGAGGGGCUGGAGAGGGAUGCUCAGCGGGCCCAGGAGGCGGCAAACACCCAGCGUGAACUCUGCCGCAAAUUGCAGUCCCAGAUCAGUGCUGCAGCAGCUGUUCCUGACACACAGAGCAAGGAUUCUGUUGAUGCCAUGGAAAAGAAGCGUCUUAAGGAUGAGGCUGCCAUGCUCCGAGAAGAAGUGGAUACGUUGGAGAUAGCACUUGAGGCUGAAAGGAAAAAGAAUAGUGAGGAGAGGUCAUCUGUUGUCAGGGCACAUAGUGAAGUGAACCGCCUCAAGAAGGAAAUCCAGGACCUCAAGGAACGAACAGAGAGAGACAAACAUAAUGACCAGUAUUAUGAAGUAAAGAUAAAGUCUAUAAGUGAAAAGCAUGAUGAGGCCACUGCUAAACUAAUGUCCUAUGAAGAAUUAUUAGCUACCAAGAAUGAUGAGAUUUCCCGGAUGAAGAAGGAGCUGGGUCAGGCCAAGGCAACUCUGGCUGAACGCACAAGUGAGAGUGAAACCAUUGCCAUCCUCAGAGCUCAGGUGGAGGUGUACCAAGGUGACUUCCGGGCUGAGAGGGAAGCACGGGAAGCCUUGGCUACUGACAGAGAGAAACUUCGUGAUGAGCUUCGGCAGCUGCAGACAAGAAAUACUCAACUUGUGGAUGAGCUGGAAACUUAUCAACGGAGGAAUUUUAAUCAAGGGCCAGGGCAUGGAUCCAGGGGUGCCUCUGAGGAGCGUUCAGGACUCUCAGCUGUGGCUGCGGCUGCAUCAGCUGCACAACCUCUCUCAGCUGACUCAUUAUGGGAGAAGCUGUCCAUCUCUUCAGAUAAAAAGGAAGAAGAGAAGAAGGAGGAGCAGCAGCUAGAUGAAAACUUGUUCUACUGUCCAAAGUGCAAUAAGUCCUUCACUCAGUACCGUCCACUGGAGGAGCAUGUAAACCGCUGCCUUGAUGAGGACUAGCAAGGCAGAAGGCCAAUGGAUGACCUGGGCAAGUGAGAGAUUCAGUAGUGCAGCUAAUGUGUUCUAUUCAGUACAUUGCAGAAUACAGAAAAUACUCAGACAGUAUGAUGAUUUAAACACAACUACAUCAGGAUUACUUAAGGCAUUUAAUUGAGUGGCCCUGAACUCAGUAGCCUCUCAGCAGGGCAAGGUAUUCUUCCCCAUCCAGAGCAGUUUCAGGCCAUCUUUGAUUUCCUCUGUUAUGUUCCUUAUUGCAUUGUAUCAGUUCUGCUUGUUGCUUUAAUCCAUGGAUGCAUUACAGUGCGAUGUUCAGCUUUUGUCAUGGUAAGCUUUCCAGGUAAGAACCAUAUCACUGAAAAUGGUUUUGUCAUAACUUGAGUGACACUUGAUUAAUUAAAUAUAUACAGUAAAAAUAAGACUGGUGUAGUUUUCUGUAUUAGAGUCAGAAUACCUGUGAAAGAAUGUUAUGUUUGUGAUCUGUUAGAGGCUUGGUGCUUCUAUUAAGUGGCCACAUCCUCCAUGUUGUUGACCUUAUUUAUAUAGUACGCACAUUAUUUAUGCAGAAUUUCUAGUCUCAAAGAUUUUUGAUGGAGUGUUUAUUAUUGAAUUUGAUAUUUAAUAUAUAUGUAUUUCUUUAUGUUGUAAUUAAUUGCAGUUUCUUUGGAAACUUAAGUUUUAACCAGAAGAGAUAUUAUUUGCACUUUCCCGUAGAAUGACUAACAAGCAUCUUAUCAAUUCAUGCAUUUCCUUAGAUACACUAACUCACCUCCACGAAGUCUAAGUUUUCAGUGAAACGCUCACAUCCUAAUAGUUGUAAAUUACAAGUGAAUAAACAUUAUGGUGACAAUGUUGUAAAAA